GACAAUGGCUUGGUUUCGAAGGUAAUUGGGAGAGUUGGGAAGUCCAAUAUACAGGCUGGGGGAAUUGUAUUUGCUGUUCUAGUGAGUACUCUCGUCACGAAAGCUAAGAUGGAGUCGUGGCUAGUGGUGGUCUACUGUACCUAUGCAUUAUCUGUGUCCAAGUGGUUACAGUUUCGUGUGAAGUUCGAAUACACCAUGGUUUGGGUCUGCACCACUGCCACCCAAGUAUGGAGCCAAGACCUUGAAGCUAGUAGUAACACGCUACAGGCAAUCCUUUUUUCUCUGCUUAUGGGAGUGUUCAUAUACUUGGGGAAUUACCUCGACGGCUAUAGACCACCCAACAAACAGAUUCAUGAUAAGGGGAAAAAAGGGUGG